GUAGAAAGACAAUUUGAAUUGUUUUGAGGCGUCAGGAUCCAUAACAAAAGAAAGCAAUGCCACCAUUUUAAAGAGAAAGAAAGCAACAACACAACACAACCCACAACAACAAAAAAGAAUCAGAGAGAAAAAAGGAUCGAUCGAUCAGCGAUGUAUCGGUUUAGCAACACAGUGAUCGGAUUCCUCAACCUUUUCACGCUCUUAGCGUCGAUACCCAUCAUUGGCGGAGGCCUAUGGAUGGCGAAGAGCAGCACAACCUGCGAGACUUUCCUCCAAACGCCGCUUCUGGUCAUAGGCUUUGUCGUGCUCGUUAUCUCCCUCGCCGGCUUCAUUGGGGCGUGCUUUCAUGUAGCGUGGGCGCUCUGGGUUUACUUGGUGGUGAUGCUGUUUAUCAUUGCGGCCCUGAUGAGUUUCACUGUGUUCGGGUUCGUGGUGACGAGCCAAGGCGGCGGCGCUCAAGUUUCCGGCAGGGUUUACAAGGAGUAUCGUCUGGAGGAUUACUCGCCGUGGUUGAAGAGCAGGAUUCAGGAUCCUCGUUACUGGAUGACUAUCAGAAGCUGUAUUUUGGGCUCCAAAGCUUGUGAAAAGAUUGCAACUUGGACACCCCUUGAUUAUUUGGAGAAGGACAUGUCUCCCAUACAGUCUGGUUGUUGUAAGCCGCCAACAUCUUGCAACUACAACAUGGCAACAACGGUAGCCCAAGACCAGGAUUGCUACAAGUGGAACAAUGCGCCAAACAUGCUGUGCUACGAGUGCGACUCGUGCAAGGCCGGGGUGCUGGAGGAUGUGAGGAGGGACUGGCACAAGCUCUCUGUUCUUAACAUUGUCAUGCUUGUCUUCCUCAUUGGGAUCUAUUCCAUUGGCUGCUGUGCUUUCCAAAACACCAAACGAGCCGAAACUGACUACCCCUAUGGUCAGAACCGGAUGAGCAAAGUCAAACCCAGAUGGGAUUAUUACUGGUGGAGAUGGUGGCAUGACAAAAGAGAACAGCUUUAUUAGCUAAAGAGUUUCUUUUAUCUUCUCUCAGUAUCUCCCACGUUUGUGUUCUUGGAUGCUGAGUAAAGAGGAGACAAUUCAGUUUAUUUUCCAGUGUAAGGCCUAUAGAGGUCUCAAACCCUUCUUUUUACACACUUUCUUUUGUUGCUUUUCUUUCUUUUUUUUUUUUUUUUUGUACACUCAAGGAUUUGACUUUAUUUCAAAGAUCAUACCACUAGCUUUUACUUUCACUUUACUGCCUUUUGAAAUUGGGUGAUGAUUUAAUACAUAUAGCAGAGGUUAAAGACUUAAGUAUAUGCAACUUGGUCUUCCUU